UGUCAACUUGGCUUCAAUAAUGUGAUAUGUGAGAGACUAAGUUUUUGGUUGUCUAUUCCUAGCAGGAGAUGAACAGUGGAGGAGUCAGAGUAAAUACUGAAAACCAAAUGGAUGAGCAGGGAAGCACUCCAUUGGGAUUGAAGUUGAGAAAGAGUCCUUCCUUAAUAGAACUUAUUCACUUGAGCAUGUGCCAACGAAAUGGGGAAUCUUCACAAGGUGUGAACAACUUGACAAUGGAGGAAGGAAAUAUGCAAAACAAUGGGUGUAUAGGAGCAAAUAGUGAUGUUGAGGAGAAGAAGAAGGCCACUAAUUUCUCAGCUGUGCUUCUAAGAAUUGGUGCAUGGGAAUAUGUGUCAAGAUACGAAGGCGACUUGGUAGCAAAAUGUUAUUUCUCAAAACGGAAGCUUGUUUGGGAGGUUUUAGAAGGUGGGCUGAAGAGCAAAAUAGAAAUCCAAUGGCAAGAUAUCACUGGUCUUAAUGCAACCUGUCCUCAAAAUGAGCUUAGCACUCUGGAAAUUGAGUUUUCCAGGCCGCCCAUGUUUUUCAGGGAGUCUAAUCCUCAGCCAAGAAAGCACACGAUAUGGCAAGCUACCUCUGAUUUCACUGGAGGUCAAGCAACUCUUUACAAGAGGCAUUUCUUGCAAUUUCCUAAAGGACAGCUUGAGAGGCAUUACCAGAGUCUUAUCCAAUCUGAUCCUCGCUUGAAAAUGCUAAGCAAGAAAAGUUUACCACGCACAGAUUCUCCAUUUUUUGAAACCAGAUUUUCACCUUUUGGAGACCAGCAGAGUCUCUAUUUGAGACUACUGCGAGAGAAUCUAUGCCAUGCCAUACCACAGUCUGCAUUUCUGAGUAGCAACUGUUAUUUGCCACCCUUAGUAGAUGUAGAACAAAAUAAUGCAUCUGAUUAUGAACAAAUGAAAGCUGAGGAGAGCUUUUCUGGAUUUUCAGUUUCAACAAGCGAAGAUAGAGAUUCAUGGUCAUCAAAGAGAAACUUAAAACUUGAAGAACUUGCACAAUACUUACUGGGUGACGGUCUGCUCACAUCUAAUCAUCAAGAAAAACAAAUUACUCAGAGAGUUAAUUCCAAUCUGCAUUCUCUUUGGCCAAAAGAUUAUUUUCAGUUGUAGGAAAGAUGAAAUGGAAGGAUUUUAGUAAUGUCCAAAGCAAUGCUAAUGUAAUUGACCUAGGAUUCUAUUGAAAGUAGGAAACCUACACAUUUAUUUAAUUAAAGGUAGAUUCUAUCAACAAGUCUCAUUCAUAUGUAAAUUGUGUCCAUCGAAUGAUGAUA